GACAUUUUUGAAAUGUCAUAAUGUUUGGUGUUUGAAAAUUUAGUGAAAUAAAUCUAUAAAAAUUACGAUAAUAUUAAGACUUUUAACUAAUUUGGAGUAAGAUUGCUAAAAUCUCCUACUUAUAGUAGUUCGUACUGAAAAUAUUUUAUAAGUAGAUCAAUUGAUUAUUAGCGGAUUGGUUACCGGUACGUCAGGAAGCUUCGUAAUCAUAAGUUGUUGGCGGAAUUCUGUUAUUUGUGAUUUUAUGUAAUAACCCAAGACGAAGGUUAUAUGUGCAGUGUUUACUUUAUAUCCGCUGAGCAAGAAUUGCAUUAUAAGUGUAAGUGGAUAUGGCAGAAAAUGACGAUUAUUUAGAGUCCAUUGACAAUAAUCAUUUGGACGGAACCAACGGUUCAUUAAACAUGACCGACAACAGCCUCGGUGUAGGAGAUGAGGCAUCUGGUGUGGAGGUACCUGACCUAGCUGCUAUUAAAGCUAGAGUUCGAGAAAUGGAAGAAGAAGCAGAGAAAUUGAAACAAAUGCAAACUGAAGUUGAUAAACAAAUGAGCAUGGGUAGCCCUCCUGGACUUACAAGUCCAUUAAACAUGUCUAUAGAAGAGAAAAUAGAAGCAGACAAUAGGUCGGUUUAUGUUGGAAAUGUGGAUUAUGGAGCGACAGCUGAAGAAUUGGAACAACACUUCCAUGGUUGUGGUUCAAUCAACAGGGUGACAAUAUUAUGUAAUAAGUUUGAUGGACAUCCCAAAGGUUUUGCUUAUAUCGAAUUUGGGGACAAAGAUAGCGUACAAACUGCUAUGGCUAUGGACGAGUCUCUAUUUAGAGGGCGUCAAAUAAAGGUUAUGCCAAAGCGCACGAACAAGCCGGGGUUGUCGUCAACCAACCGGCCUCCGCGGUCGAUGCGUGGCCGCGGCCGCUCCUUCCGCGGCGGCUUCAACUCAUACCUGGCGGUGUACCGGCCCAUCCGCCGCGGCAGAGGGUACAGGCGCGGCAUGUAUUACUCCCCGUACUGAGUGCGGUAAAACGGGGACUCCGCCCCCGGCCGCAGCCGCGCCGCGCGAUACCCUCGCGAGUGUGUGCGGUGUAGCUAACUUAGUGUACCGACUGGCGGCUACCUUCAGUGUCGUCAACCGGAUCGCCAAUGGAUUCUGACUCCACUUUAGUUUAUAAAAAAUAUACUUUUGGGUAAGAGGUCAUGUUAUGCUGGUCGAGCCGGACACUGACAAGUUUGUCGAUGAAUUGCAAAUUGAACAGUUUAUUGUCAUGUGGAUGUAGACGAUAUGUGACGAUGGAUCGUUCAGUGUGUGCUGUUAUGUUGUACGGAUUGAUGACUAAAUAUAAAAUUUAAGCUAUGUCCUCCUGAUUUUAGUGUUAAGUGUCGUAUUCUUAUGCAAUUAAUAUUUGCGAUGAUUUUAUGAUUAAUUAUAAUAUGAGCCGUUUGCGGUAUUCUAGUUGGUAGUUAUUCGAAUGUUUGUAAUAGAAACAUUUAUUUUUUUAAAACGCAAUUACAAAGAAUGCAAAAAAUAAGCUAAUAAAAACACAAAUUAUUAUGCAAAUAUUCGGAAUGACAAAAAUAAUGUAAAUUGUUAAAUAAUUCUACUAGCAACUUGAGUAUGAUUUAUAAAACCGAGCGUACGGGCGGGCAUUGUUGUAUUUCACAAGUUACUAUGCGUGGACAAUAACAUGACACCUGAGACCGAUGACGUCGAAUUAUCUAACAAAACUAACCUUCAUAGUAAUGCUUUAUCGCUUGCUGUACCAAGAUAUAAUCACGCGGGGUGGUAUGUUAUUGCAAAUGUGUAGUAGUUAAAUUUGGUUAUUAAUAAAAACUAUGAUUACCGAGUUAAAAACGAAAAUUUAAUAAUUCCUUCUGAAACGCUCAGUUUUAAUAAAAGCUCUUAUUAUAAAGAUACAAAUAGAUAGCAGUUUUAGAAAUCAUUAGUUUUAAUAUCAGUAUUUUUCAUGUCUCAUGUGUUUACAACCUAUAGGAUUAAAGUAAAAAAAUGCUGUGUUCAAAGUUAUUUUUAUUAAAUGUAACGAUUUUAUAGUACCAAUUGACUUUGAAAUAAUGUCAAAUUUGUACUUUAAAAUUUAUGUUAUUAAAAUAAGAACAGUAUUUUCUUAAACGAUUUUUUAAUGGAGCAACCAUGCUACCAUAAAUACAUUAAAUGUAACCACAUUACUCCAAAUGCUCUCGAGAACUGAUUAAUUUCGUAUAAGAUUGUUAAUAAAUAAAAUAGUGUAAAGUGGCUCUGUACAAUCGACAAAUUAAUUUGUAAAAUUUGAAAUUCUGUUUCUAUGAAAUAGAUUAUAACUAUUGUCUUAAAUUUAUAUUUGUAAUUAUUAAUAAUACAUUGUAUUCUUUGUUUGUAUACGCAGUUGAAAAUUACUGCGCAGUUUGAUGCUUUAAAAAAAUUAUUUUAAUGCACUAUCAAAAUGAAGACGACAAAAUAAGAAGUUAAAAGUGUUUGCCAGAUAAGAAAUAAUUUUAAGAUGAA